AUGAGUAGACACAAUCAUCAUACUAAUUCUAAAUGUAAUGAUCAAAAAGGCUCUUUAUAUUUCUAUCUCAAAUCAUACAAACCUAUCGUUACUUAAUAAUAAAGAGAUAAUACACCAAAAUCAACAUAUAAAUCAGAUCUCUAAAACUUUAUCAAGAUUAACAAAAAUAGAAGAAGAAGCUGUUAUUGUUCAGAAUGUGGAACUUAAAGUUAAUUUUAAUAUAAAACACAACAUAUUCCACUUUUUAAAUACAAACAAAGACCAAUUCUUAAAAAAUAAUAAAUUAUCAUUUCUUAAACCUAAUCUUCAUUAAAUGCUGACGAAUUCUCUCCUCAAUUAGAAGAUUCUCCUAUUCUCAAGAAAUCAUCACUCUUAUCAUCUCGAAGAUAAAGUAGAUUUGCUCAUCAUACUAGAUUUCGUUAAAGCAUUAUUUUAACUAAUUCUGAAGAAAAGUUAUAAUUGAUUGUUGAAUAAAAACAAAAAAAAUCCUCCUUUUUUAAUUUAGAUUAAUUAAAUACUUUUAGAAUUUCAUCUAAACCAUAAAGUCCUAUUCGAAAAAUAAGUUAACCAAAUAAACCAUUCUUAGAAAAUCAUUCAUAAAAAUCACUAACACAAAGAUCCCCUUUCUAAAGAGAAACUAAUAUAGCUAAAACUAAGAAAUAUUAAAAUGUCUAUUUAAUUCCAUUAUUCAAGAAAAAUUAGCUAAAAUGUGAAAUGUAAUAAAUAUCUAUUAAAACAAACUAAUCUUUAAAGAAAAGACAUUGCAUUAGUUAAAUUUGA